UAAGGCGAAGCCCGAGGCAACUUUUCGAGAUGAUGUUAAUUUACUAUUGAGAUAGAUUAUUAUAUUUUCUUCUGGAUAUUCUCACAAAGCUGCCCUUCUGAGGAUCAUUAAUACUACAUCAUGCCCAAACGUCGAAGAUCAAGUACGUCUCAAAAUGAUUUACCAAUAACGAAGAAACAUUGUCUACCACCGAACAAACGCGACUAUAUAUCUCAUCUUUCUUCCGAACUCCUCAUACGUAUCCUUCAUAACCUACCAAUUGAAACUCUCUUGUCCUGUCACUCAGUCUCUCAGCAUUUUUAUAUUCUUUCCCAUGAUUCUCAACUGUGGAAAUCAUUAUAUUAUUCUCGAUUCGUGUUACCACGCGCAUUGCGCAUACCGGGGAUAAAAAACAAAGAGAAGUCGAGUAAUGGGAGAAGUGCGGAAGGACAGAAAGAAGAGGGAAAAGAACGGGGUGAUGGGGAGCGGUUUCGAUUUAGUUCGAGAAGGAGUAGAUGGUUGGAUGAGGAGGGGCUGAGGAGCAGAGGGGAUGGGGGAGGAACUAAUUGGAAGAGACAGUAUAAGUUGAGACAUAACUGGGCGAAAGGCGCAUGUGAGGUCAAGGAAAUUGAAAUUGCGCAGAAGGGUAGUGUACCAAAUAUGUUGGUGAGGUUGACUGGAGGAGUAGUGGUUACGGUGGAUGAGAUGGAGGGAUUGAAAGCCUGGGAUCUUAAAGGAAGGGAGUUGAUUACAACGUGUGAAGUGGGUGAGGGGCUACCUACGUGUUUAGCCGUUGAUGAACAGGAUGGAGAGAAAGGGAAACUAGGGAUUGUGAUAGGCUUUGAGGACGGAGGUUGGGGAACCUGGGAGCUCGAUGUCGGAAAUAGGAUGUUCAGAAGGAAAUACAGACAUCCACCGAGCAGUAACGGAAUGUUAAGCGCGGUAGCUUACGCACAUCCUUACAUAUUGAGCAUUACAGAAGGACAACUUCUUUCAUUUUACACUCUUAACCCCGCGGCGUUAAUACGAGAGUCUGGAAAUGAUGACACGACCAUCAAUAUACAAGAAAAAGAAUCACAAGCACGACCAUAUCUCUUAACAUCACUCAAAUCACAUUCUUCAUGGCCACCACUAUCACUUUCUAUCCGUUUAACGCCAAGUACAAUCAUCGCCUCAAUAGCCUACACACUCCCCACCUACCUAAGCGGCUACACGAUCUCCAUUCAAGAACUCCACUUCACCACCUCACCACCUUCCUCACCACCAACCCUGACCACCUCUCGCCUAACCACCUCCUUCCCGUCCGGUUUCCGCCCCCUGACCACAAGCAGCUCUCCUACUCCUCUCUCCCGUCCAACAACCCUCUCCUACGCACACCCCUAUAUUCUCGCCACUCAUGCCGAUAACACACUCUCCCUCUACCUCUGCACCAGUACCCACUUCUCUCUCUCUCUCCACCUCAAAAAUUAUUCGGUCAUACUAGUUCCAUCAGUUUCGCAAGUAUUACUAGUAGGGGGAAAGCAGUAAGUGUUAGUGAACGUGGAGGCGAAUUACGUGUUUGGGAAUUGGAACCAGGGAUGUUUAAGAGAGGGGAGGGAAAAGGAGAGGAAAGGAGUGUAAGAGUUGGGGAAGGAAGGGACAGGGUGGAUGUUAGUAGAUUUGAGGAGGAAAGAAAUGAUAGCAGGAGGAGAGAAAGCGAUCUGGAGAAGAAACUCUGGGUAGGUUUUGAUGAGGAAAUGGUUAUAGUGUUGAAAUCGAGCGUGGAAGAUUCGGGAUGUGAGUGCGAGUAUGAGUGUGAGGAUGAUGAAGGUGAAGAUGAUACGAUGACUUCGUUGAAUGAUGCGCAUGAUGGAAAUAGAAUGAUCCUGAAAAGGACUAACGAAAAAGGAUGUGGGAACGGAAGAGAGAAGCGGGGUACACAGCAGAGAUUAGUUAUAUAUGAUUUUA